AUGGCGAUGCAUCAACUCCCUCCGGAACUCGUCGUUCGCAUAUUCGAAUCCCUCACCUCUGUCUCGGACAUUCUCAGUCUCUCACUGGCGUGUCGAUAUUUCAACAAUCUUCUCACCAAAUCGCAAAAGCUGUCAUUGUUUUUCAUCGCAAUGGACAAAGAGAUAGGCCCGAUGGAGGAUAUCCUACAACUCUUGACUCAGAACAACAACCAAGUGCUUCACCUGCAUCGGUCCCCGCCCUUGUCAUUUACGUUACUUGCUCAGGCCAAUACAAUUGCUCGUGUCGCCGACCGAUUUGCUAAGCUGUACCCCAGCUUCAGAUGGGCCGAAUCAAAGAGUGCCCAACGCCGCUCUCUCGAUGACCGCGAAGCCCGCCGAUUGAGACGCGCUGUUUAUCGAUUCUGGAGCUACACUCAGGCAUUCUACGCCAAAUUGGCUCCCCGUCCCAUACGCCUAGAUAUGUUGGCAGCUACAGAACGGCUGCAGCUCCUACGCACAUGGUGUACAGACGACCUGUAUGAAUUGGAGGAUUUACGGUGGACUUUCGAACAGCUCCUUGCUUCGGAGAUCUGCCCCACUGAUGGAGAGAUAUUUUCAAGGAUUUCGGACGAUACACGGCUGUCAAACACGUUGUUCCAAUCUUCAUCACGUCGCAACCUUGCCGCAAGCUCCAUGGCAAUCGAGAAUAUCUUCCACAGCUCCCGCAACACACAGGAGCUCGACCGAAAUAAACCGACAAUCCAGGAACUGCGCUUUCGACAUAUGCAAGGAUGGGGCAGUGAUCUCCAGAACUUCUAUUUAGUCCAAUCAUUCUUGAAAUGCACUCCAGCGCAGAUCCUAUGGCUGUAUGAUAAUACUGUCAUCAAGCAGGACGUCGAGCAAUUCAUUGAGCUCCAGACUCACGAUCCCUGCUUUUUCGAGUCCAAUUCAAUGCUCUUUCACGAUUGGGUGACAGUUCUACAUGCUCGUGGCAUUGAUGUACAGAAGGCCAGAGAGGCAAUCUGGAGCGGGAGUGCAGGCAUUACACGGAGAACUGGAGGCCCGCUGUGUGAAGACGAUUCUUAA